AUUCCAGGCCUUUGUCUGCAGCAUUCUUCCUUACGUAGGGUGACGCUCCUAGUGAUCGUCCUGGCUAUGGUCAUAAUCCUUCUUACGAAUUUCGGCCUCAACCAUGUCAGCCAUGAAUUUCCACAAUCCGUCACCAGCUUCAGCGAAUCGUGCAAGGCGGAAGUCUCUGCCCCACCCAUCGUCUCCGUCGACGCCGUGUUUCCGGUGAAGAUUGCAGUUGUCCGCGGUAACAUCAAGUUCGUCCCCCGUUCUUACGCGACCGUACGUUUAAACCCGGUCAGCGCCACCCCUAUCCCAACAGUGACGUUGUACUACGGUGUCGGAACAAUGAACUUGACCGUCUCCAAAGCUGGACUUAUACAGCUUUCCGUUACCGUGGAAACGCAAGGUGACCACGCCCCUGCCGAGUCAUGUCAUGCCAGCGUCAGAAUAAACGGUUUUAAGUUAUCUGACCGAGAGAAACUGCGCAUGGUCCACAAUGGAACACUGGAAGGGAAUGCACUGAAGUGGAGAGCAGGGUUUGUGGUGGUUGAGGGCCCUGUAACGGUGCCAAAGUCAGCAACACUAGUGGUGGAACCAGGAGUGUUUGUUUUGAUGUCUUCAGGAGCAAGUAUAAACGUUCUCGGGAAAGCAACAAUCGGAGCUCCAGACGGUCAACCCGUCGUUUUCACCGUUCAACCGAGCGAAAACGGCGAACGCAGGUCGUGGAGCUCUGUGCGGUUUGGUGAAAAGUCGCUAGGGGCACUGCACAACACCUGGCUUACACAAGGAGGCGCAUUUGCAGAUCAGCACUCUCGAUUUGCUAGCCGUCACGCCAAUGCGGUAUUGAGUGUUGAGGAGGGAUCUGAAGUCGACUUUUCAGGCGGAGGUAUCAUGGACAAUGCCGGCCCGGGAUUAGGAGGGGAACGAUGCACAAUUAAGCUCAAAAACAUCAUCAUCUCAAGGUGCAAAGAUGGCGGCUUCGUUCAGCGGGCAACGGUUACCAUGGAGAACGUUUACGUCACGGAAACCAGUCGUAACCACGUGGCAUCACCUCAGCCAAUCGGAGACGGCUUUACGUUUGACCAACCUGAACAGUCGUCUCUCGGGAAAAAGAUUUCACGAAUAUCAAACAGUGUUUUCACUGGUGGAGAAGGAGUAGGAAUAAACAUCAUCGGAUCCAGUCUCAACAUCGAAGCCACCAUCGUGGAGGAUUUUUCCCAGGCAUGCGUGUCAACAUCCGGCAGUAGCGUAACCAUAAAGAGCUCGAUCAUGCGAAGUUGCCUGGUUGGUCUACGCGCAAAGAACGGUCGCGACAAGCAACUGGUCCUCGUGACGAACAGCGCCAUGGUUCAGAACAAGUUCGGGGUUUGGUACGGUGACGGGGAGGCAAGAGCAUCUACCAGUGGGACUCUUACGUUAAGAAAUUCUCUGGCGGUGGCCAACAGUGAAAAGAACUUGCGAGUGUUCAGCAAAGGAGUGGAGCAGACUGACACGGACACAGGAUCAGUAAACGUUAAACUGAAAUGUUUCUUUGUAAGUAAAAGCUCCACUGUUAAAAGAAGCCGUUCAACACUUAGUCUUAGACGCUCUGAAUCUUGUCAGCAGCCGGAAAUAAACCUUCACCAUGCGGAUUGUGAUUUUGCAGUGGAUCUGCUGCCGUCUAAGUGUUUUCUGUCAGGCUACGCGCAGAGCAAGCUUACUCAUAUCCAGUUGCAGAGGGUAGACUUGUGUAGUGACUGUUGCAAGAACGCGUCUUCCCUGGAGUUCGGAAACUAUGAGCACUGGAGCAUGAGAAACAUACGGGAUGUGAAACGCGCCACUAUCUACACGAAGAUACCCAAUGAAGGUUGCGGGGUGACGUUUUCUGCAGACAUGUACCAAUACACCGAUAGUGACUGUGUCAUACAGAAGGUUCACGUCAAGUCAGCUUACAGUGAUCUUCAUCACUAUCAGGGUGAGAGCCACCUGCGAGAGAUGAAGACGCACUACUUGGAUCAGGUGAUGCACACCAACUUGACCUCCAAGUCAUUCGGCGUGGUCCUGGACUUCUCCCACAUCCGGGACAGAAGUUCUGCACUCAUCAAGGCGUCACUGCUGUGUCCCUACAGUCAACAUGGCGCUCUGUCAGCUUUCGUCACCGCAUUUCUCCCAAAUAUUGGCAUCUACACUCACAUGACGGUCAAGCUUGCCGAGCUUGCCCAUCCCAACAACUUCCACAAGUACGUGGCUUUCCUCUACAUUGGGAACUGCAUGAAAUCAAAACACUCCGACUUCGUCAACAUGGAGACCAACAACUAUGUGCUGAUCGACAACGACCGCUGCCUGGUGCCGGAGAGGGUGGCGGCCAUCGAUGUCCCAGCACCAUACAGAGACCGACUCGGACGCCUCUAUGACAUCCUGUUUACCAAACGACAUGUGUGUCAGGUACCUGAAGAUAUGAUCAACAGGUUGAAGCAGAUGAACGCAGUAUCAUCAAAGGUUCCUAGCCUCGGGACACAGUUUCGGAGGGAAGUGGAGUCGCACCCUGCCAUGGCGCCACUCGUGUUGAAAGAAGACCCUGAAAUCUACGAGGAAGUAGACGGGCGAGUGUCCGUCCUCGUCGCGGAAUACAACGCUCUUUGCGAGGAUAACAACAACGACAAGUUCGACAACUUUCUCAGGAAGGUGUACAAGACGUUCCCCAUCACGGAAGCAUACUUGGUACACGGUAGAGACUACAUUCUCGCAAAGUUCGCGGACGGAACUGUAGCAUACUUGAAAGUUGUCGGUGGCGAGGAGCGAGAGGAAAUGGACGGGUACGUGAUGAACGAAGGGCUGGCUGAGCUGGUAGCGUAUCACCUCGAUCGUCUGCUCGGGCUGGGUCGUGUGGCCGUCACCGCUGCACGACGGCUGCGACUGGACGGAACUGUCCCGAUUAACGGUGUGAUCAACGUGCAAGGGGAGGUGGUGGAAAAUUUCAGCGAUGUCCUGCACUUCUUCAACCCGAAGGCACCCGAGCAUCAGCGGAGAAACACGACGCCUGUCCGAAGAUCUGCUCGAACCAUGACGUCAUGCCUUCGGUCCACUUCGUGA